CUGUCCGAGAAGCAGGAGGCUGCUGGGGUCACCGCCGGAGCGCAUCUGAACGCGCCACAUCUCCAAAGCCGCGACGCACGGAGCCGCCGAGGACAUGUGUCACAAGACCAAAGAUCCCUCUGUGAUUCGGACCAGUGUGUCCGAGAGUGAGCGCGCAGCGGGCUGGAAAUGAACUCAUGUCGGUGUCACAGCAUUCACGAUAAGCGCUUUCUCCUCGUUUCCCAUCCACAUGAGAAGUUUGACUGGAGCUGGCUGAAGGGAGGCUGCCUGCGCUUCCGAUUGGCUGUUAAAUCUCUGUAGCUCGAGCAACUUGACGACUGUUUCGCAGGACACUGAGGGUUGCAUGCCUCAGUGCCAAGAAAUUGCAUUACGUGGGAGACUUCUGCUAAGGAGACGCGACAACACUUCUGGAGGAUGGAGGAGAGAGCUGAGCGAGGACGCGCGCAGGAGAAUGGACGCAGCGACGGCUCGGCCAGAGAACCCCGACCCUCCGCCUGCACCAGUCUGAGGAUGUUUCUGGUGGCUUUGUCCUUUGCCUAUUUUGCAAAGGCUCUGUCAGGGAGCUACAUGAAGAGUACAAUAACUCAGCUGGAGAGGCGCUUUGACAUCCCCAGUUACCUAAUAGGUGUCAUUGAUGGGAGCUUCGAGAUAGGUAACUUGCUGGUGAUAGCUUUCGUCAGUUACUUCGGGGCCAAGCUCCACAGGCCAAAGAUCAUUGCAGUGGGUUGUAUAUUGAUGUCCAUUGGCACCUUUAUCAUCGCUCUGCCACACUUCAUCAUUGGACGCUAUGAAUAUGAAACCUCGGUGCGUCGGGUUGUGAACUCAACCCUGAACCCGUCUCCAUGUCCGGUGGGCUCACCAGCAGACCGGACACAAGAUGGUAAACUGCUUCAAGUGCCAGCCGCAGGUUGCGAAAGCGAGUCCAACCUGUCUAUGUGGAUCUAUGUCCUCCUUGGAAAUGUCUUGCGGGGGAUUGGAGAGACACCUGUUCAGCCGCUGGGAAUCUCUUAUAUAGAUGAUUUUGCUACCGAGGAAAAUGCCGCACUAUAUGUUGGUUGUGUGCAGACCAUUUCAGUGGUUGGCCCUGUGUUUGGUUACCUGCUAGGCUCCCUUUGUGCCAAAAUCUACGUGGACAUUGGAUUUGUAAAAAUGGAAACCAUCACCAUUACUCCAGCAGACGCCCGCUGGGUAGGGGCCUGGUGGCUGGGCUACCUCAUUGCUGGGGUCAUCACCCUGCUCUCUGCCAUCCCCUUCUGGUUCCUGCCCCGCUCUCUACCCACGUCCGGGCCCCGGGUGCCAGAGAAGUGCACGCCAGAGCAGACGAGUUUCAUUAAAGAGUCUCCGCUUCUGAAGCACAAAUAUCCAGCAGACGAACAUACUAGUUUUAUAGAGAUGGCCAAAGACUUUUUUCCAACCCUGCGAACUCUGCUGGCGCACCCAGUGUACCUGAUCUACUUGUGUGUGACAAUCAUCCAGCUGAACUCCCUCAUUGGCAUGGUCACCUACAAGCCCAAGUACAUUGAGCAACACUUCAGGCAGUCUGCAUCAAAGGCCAACUUCCUGAUGGGAGUGAUCAAUAUCCCCGCUGUGGCACUGGGGAUGUUCUCCGGAGGUUUGCUGAUGAAGAGGCUGAAGCUGAACAUCAUGGGAGCAGCCAGGUUUGCCUUCGGCACCUCUCUGAUUGGUUACAUCCUGUCACUGUUCUUCUUCGCAAUGAGCUGUGAGAACGCCAAGGUGGCCGGGGUGACGCUUUCGUAUAACAGCUUGGAUAAGAUAUCAUACGAUAAACACUCAGUGUUCACAGCCUGCAACUCAGACUGCUUUUGCUCGCCGAGUGACUGGGACCCCGUCUGCGGAGAGAACGGCAUCACAUAUGUUUCUCCUUGUCUUGCUGGCUGCACCACCUCUGCUGGCUCAGGGAAAAACACGGUCUUCUCUAACUGUAGCUGUGUCGGUGUGGCUGGUAACUUUACGGCCAGUACAGGUCAGUGCCCUCAAAAGGACGACUGUGACAGGAUGUUCCCGUACUUCUUGGCUCUCUCUGUCAUCACCUCCUUUAUCAUCUCUCUUGGGGGGACACCAGGCUACAUGCUUCUCAUCAGGUGCAUUAAACCCCAGCUGAAAUCUUUGGCCCUGGGUUUCCACGCUUUGGCAACGCGCACUCUCGCGGGGAUCCCUGCACCCAUCUACUUUGGAGCAAUCAUUGACACCACAUGUCUAAAAUGGGGUCAGAAGAGGUGUGGAGGUAUAGGAGCCUGUAGGAUCUACAACACCACGGCCUACAGGAUAGCAUAUCUGGGCCUGACUCUGAGCCUGCGGACUAUCUCGUUUAUUAUAUGCAUCCCGGGCUUCAUCCUGCUCAGCCGACAGCUGAAGAAGGAGGAACGAAGCGGCAUCCACGGAGCGCUGACCAACGGUGGAACUGAACUGGAGGCGCUCAGGAAGGAAGAGUUUGUGAUUUCUAACUCUGAGCAAUCGCAACACACGUCAGACAACAGCACAGACAGACAGACACGGCUGUGACGGAUCCCAGCAGAACUGACCCUCCUCCCCCCUCCUCUCGACUCCUUCACUCAUACGUAUACAGCCACAGUAUGUACAGAGCGAUGCUGUACACAUGUGCACACACUCACACGAACGAGAUUUGCAGGGAAUCACAUAUUGUAUCUAAUCAUCUCAUGUAAAGCAUAAAAUUCUAUAUUUGUACUACUGGACCUGGGAAGGCUUUGUGAAUUUAACACAAAUUUGAUAUAACUAAAAUAGUUCUUGAAUGUA